UAUUACUAAUAUUAAAUUUAGUAUAUAAAAAAUACUGGAAUUUACAAAAAUAACACUAGGCCGUCAACAGUUCACCGGCUACAUCCUUUAGUUUUAUGAGUUAUGACCAGACCACCACUCUCUCUCUCUCUCUCUACUCUUCUCUCUACUCUCUCUCUCUUUAAAUAUUUAUAUACUCGACAGUUUUCCUAUGUUUCCCCUUCGUCUCCAUCAAUUAGGGUUUACCUUUUUCUGAGGUACGCUAAUUCUCAUAUUUCUCUGUCAGCCUUUCUUCUCCCCCCACGUUCUUCUUCUUUUUUUACAGCACACCGAUACUUUUGCACAACUACCUGAAGAAAAAAAAAAAAGACAACUUUUUUCAUCAGAAUUUAUGCAAAAACCAUUGAAGUUCGUCGCAAAAUGUUGAGGUCAGUGAUCAACUGACGAUGUUCUUCCUCACACUUGUUUCAAUUUCAAUAUUGUGCUGUAAAUUGAUUCUGUGAGGUGUAAAUUGUGCUGUAAUAAAAUAACCCAGUUAGUUGUUGUAUUUGGGAGUUUUUUUCCCAGUUAGGUUUUGGUAUUUGUGAGGUUUUGAAGUUUGAGAUUCAUUCAACCGUUAUCUUUCUUGGUUAGCUUGAGAAGAAGAAAAAAAUGGAUCCACGUUUUCAUGGACCAUUGAAUUCUUCUUCAAACGGAUUUCAAUUAGAAAAUCAACCAGUCCCCGAUUUUUCGAAUAGGAAACUCGUGAAUGCACCUAGAUUCGAGAUUAUUUAUCCCGAUAAAAAACCGGUCAAUAGACAGCAUAGAAACCAGAGUGCUCCACUUCAACAGCAUCACAUUGAAGGUCUACAUUUAAUCCCAAAUCAGCCCUUCCCAAACGUGCCUAUUCCCACCUCGUUUAUCGACGUCGAAGAUGGUUAUCAAGACGACUGUGAUUUCUCCGAUGAAGUUUUGAGAUUCAUAGAUCAGAUGCUCAUGGAAGAAGACAUGGAGGACAAGACUCACAUGCUUCAAGAAUCGUUGGAUUUUCAAGCCAAAGAGAAAUCUUUCUACGAAGUACUCGGCAAAAAGUACCCACCUUCUCCAAAACCCGAUUCGUCAUCUCUUGUUAAUCCGUACGGUGAGGUUGGUGAUGAUGGUUAUUCUUAUUGUAAUCGCUAUAAUUCAUCAACUAGCAGUAGCAAUGGUAGUGGUUACCUGAUUGAUGUGGUGGAUCCGAGUUGGAUUAAUAGUCGAGUGGAUUAUGAUGCCUCUCUUGUUAACUCGUCGAAUAGUUUGCAUAAUAUUGUGAAUGGAUUCUCCGAUUCUCCGGUGAGUCCUUUACAAGACGGUGAUGCGUAUAGCGAGAGUCAACUGGUUUGGAAUUUUAGAAAGGGGGUAGACGAAGCGAGUAAGUUUCUUGCUAGUGGAAGUAAAUUCAUGGUCAAUGUGGGACUUAAUCAAGAACAACAAAUUCAUUCCGAAUCGAGGGGGAAGAAGAAUUACCAUCUCGCGGAUAGAGAUUUGGAGGAAGAGAGAAUUACGAAAAUGCCCGCAGUUGCUGCAGAGUCUAGUAUCCCGAUAGAGGAAUUCGACGAGGCGCUGCUUCAUAGCAUGGGGGAAGGGGAGAAGAAAUUUGCUGUUUACAGGACGAAUUUGAGAAACGAGGCGAAUAAGAUUACGCAGAAGAAUGGGCAGGGAUCCGGUGGUGCGAAGGGCCGUGGUAAGAAAAAUAGCCGCAAGAAAGAAGUGAUUGAUUUGAGAACACUUUUGAUUAGUUGCGCACAGGCGGUUGCUGCUGAUGAUUGUCGAAAUGCGAAUGAAUUGCUGAAGCAGAUAAGGCAGCAUUCUUCGCCUUUUGGUGAUGGAAAUCAGAGGCUAGCUCAUUAUUUUGCUGAUGGGCUCGAGGCUCGUUUGGCUGGAACUGGUAGUCAGAUACAUAAAGCCUUUGUCAGCAAAAGAACCACAGCAGCCGAUUAUUUGAAAGCUUAUUAUACAUACAUUGCUUCGUCUCCGUUUAGAAAAAUCUCGGCCUUUGCUACAAACAAGUCGAUCCUAAUGAAAUCAGGGAAAGCAACGAGACUCCACGUCAUAGAUUUCGGUAUUCUUUACGGCUUCCAAUGGCCGACUUUGAUCCAACGUAUUGCAGAUAGGGAAGGGGGCCCACCGAAGCUUCGGAUUACGGGCAUUGACUUUCCACAACCGGGUUUUCGGCCCGCGGAGAAGAUUGAAGAAACGGGUCGGAGAUUGGACCACUAUGCGAAAACAUUCAAUGUCCCGUUUGAGUAUAAUGCUAUAGCGCAGAAAUGGGAGACUAUUAAAAUCGAGGACCUCAAAAUCGAGGAGGGAGAAUUUGUGGUGGUGAUCUGUUUGUAUCGAACCAAGAACUUGCUCGACGAGACUGUGGUGGCGGAAAGUUCUAGAACAACGGUUCUGAACCUGAUUAGGAGAAUCAACCCGAAUCUAUUCAUACACGGGAUAGUAAACGGGGCUUAUAGUGCUCCGUUUUUCGUAACACGUUUUCGAGAGGUUCUGUUCCAUUUCUCGGCUUUAUUUGAUAUGUUGGAGGCGAAUAUACCUCGGGAGAAAGCAGAGAGAAUGCUGAUCGAGAGAGACAUAUUCGGAAAGGAAGCGUUGAAUGUGAUAGCAUGUGAGGGGUGGGAGAGAGUGGAGAGACCAGAGACGUACAAGCAGUGGCAAGUUCGUAAUUUGAGGGCGGGGUUCGGGCAAGUGCCGUUCGAGAGGGAAAUAAUGGAGAGGGCGAUCGAUAAGGUGAGAACUUUUUACCAUAAAGAUUUUGUGAUUGAUGAAGAUAGUCAGUGGCUUUUGAUGGGUUGGAAAGGCAGAAUAAUCUAUGCUAUAUCCUGUUGGGAGCCUGUUUGAUUAAUUUGGACAAUCUUUUUUGUGCAGUUUAAGGUAAUAAGCUUCUUUGUAAUAAAAUUCUUCAGGAUAAUUGGCUAUGUUUCUGAUAAUAAUCAUGUUGUUUAGUCACUCCCACAAUAAACAGAUACACAGCUGCCACUGGGAAUUAAAAGAAGCUUAUUUUAAACCUUGUUUUGUU